AUGCCAAGCAGGUCAACCCUCCAUUCUUUACGAAAGAUACCAUCCGCACGCCCGACCGACCCACCGACCGAUCGUCCGCCAUUCUCGUUCUCGUUUGUCAGUCUCGUCGCCGUCGUUGAUGUUGUCUUGACCUUUUCCCAAUCUCUCUCUUUCUCUCUUUCUUUCUCUCUCUCACUCUUUCUCUCUCUCACUUUCUCUCUCACUCUUUCUCUAUCUCUCUUUCUCUUUCUCUCACUCUCUCUCUCUUUCUCUCUCUUUUUCUCCCUCACUCUUUCUCUCUAUAUUUCUCUUUCUCUCACACUCUUUCUCUUUCUCAUUCUUUCUCUCUCACUCUUUCUCCCUCUCUUUCUCUCGCACUCUUUCUCUCUCACUCUUUCUCUCACUUUUUCUCACUCUUUCUCUCUCACUCUUUCUCUUUCUAUUGCUCUCUCACUCUUUCUCUAUCUCUUUUUCUAUCUCUCUUUCUCUCGCACUCUUUCUCUCUCACUCUUUCUCUCUCACGUUCUCUCUCUCUCUAUCUCUCUUUCUCUCUCACUCUUUCUCUCUCUCUAUCUCUCUUUCUCUCGCACUCUUUCUCUCUCACUCUUUCUCUCUCACUUUUUCUCUUUCUCUUUCUCUCUCACUCUUUCUCUUUCUCUCUCACUCUUUCUCUAUCUCUCUUUUUCUAUCUCUGUUUCUCUUUCAUUCUUUGUUUCUCUCUUUCUCUCUCACUCUUUCUUUCUCACUUUCUCUCUCUCACUCUCUCUCUCUCUCUCUCUCUCUUGCGAGUCUUCUAAUCUCUCUUUCCGUUUCAUGUUUUUCUUCGUUCUCUUUUCCUCUUUUUUCCCGCCUUUUUCUAUAUCCCCCCACUUCUUUCUUUCGUGUCCUUUCUUUCGUUUCAUCCUGUCUGUCCUAUUUUUUCCUCUUAUCUUCUUAUUUUUAUCUCGUGUCUUCUUAGUAGGGAUAUUUACUCGGCUUAACCCAUUUGUACCCCCUUCUUCCUUUUCUUCAUCAUUAUCAUUUUCUUCUUCGUCUUCGAUAUCUUCUUCUUCUUCUUCUUCUUCUUCUUCUUCUUCUUCUUCUUCUUCUUCUAGCUUCGUCUUCUUCUUCAUCACUAUCUUCUUCGUCUUCUUCUUCAUCAUCAUCUUCUUUGUUUUCGUCGUCAUCGUCGUCUUCUUCAUCAUCUUCUUCGUCUUCAUCACCAUCCUCUUCUUCGUCUUCAUCACCAUCUUCUUCGCCUUCUUCUUCAUCACCAUCUUCUUCGUCUUCUUCUUCAUCAUCAUCUUCUUUGUUUUCGUCAUCGUCUUCUUCGUCGUCUUCUUCAUCAUCAUCUUCUUCUUCUUCGUCUUCUUCUUCAUCUUCUUCGUCUUCAUUCUUCUCUUCAUUGUCCUUAACUUUCUUUUUGUUUCAUUUUCGCUUUUGUCACUUCUCUUCGCCAUCGGCGCCUUUAUUGAGACGUUCUUUUUGCCUUUUUCUCUCAUUCUCUCUUUCCUUUUAUUGUCUCUCUUCUUAUUAUUAUUAUUUCUUCUUCUUCUUCUUCUUCUUCUUUUCUUCGUCCAUUUUAUUUUCUACAUCUCUUUCUUUAUCACCGCAUCUCUGUUUUUUUUUUUCUUUUUCUUCAUCCAAUUCAGUGGUUCGUCCAUUGUCUUUUGCGUUUUCUUUUAUAGCCUCGUCCUUUCAGUUUUCUUUUUUUUUUUUCUUCUUCUUUUUUUUCGGGCCGCCGGCCAAUAUUCAGAACCUUCGUCUUUUUCUUUUUUACCUCGUUCCUUCCUUUUCUUUUCUUCCUUUCCUUCUAUUUUUUCUUUUUCGCCUCUUUUCUUUUUCUUUUUCACCUCUUUCCUCUUCCUUCUUUUUCUUUUAUACCUCUUUUUUUUCCUUUCUUUCCACUUUCUUUCUUUCUUUCUUUCUUUCUUUCUUUCUUUCUUUCAUUCAUCUACUAGUUCACUUCUUUCUUUUUUCACUUUACAUUCAUCCAUUUCUUUUUUAAAUCACCUUUUUUUUUCUUUCAUCAUUCUUUCAUUCUAUUUGCCAUUGUUUCUCUAUCGUACAAACUUCUCUGACUCCUUCUUUUUUUUCAAAUGUAUCCCUUUGUAUUUAAUGCAUUCGUUUUCUCAUUUCUUUAUUUCAUUCAUUCCUUUGAUCUUUUUCUCCCCAAUUAAAUACAUUUUUUUAUUUCAUUCAUUCUUGCCAGCCUCAUCCCAGGCAUCUUUCCCUCCAUCUUUCUUCCUUCCCUAUAACGUUAUCUCAAACCCUGAUCUCUUUCUCUUCUUCUUUUCUCUCUUUCAUCUUUUCUUUUUCCGGUUUUCUUUCUUUAUCAUCGUUUUUUGUCUCUUUAUAUCUUUCAUUUUAUUUUUCCUUUUCUUUCUUUCUUUCUUUCUUUCUUUCUUUCUUUCUUUCUUUCUUUCCUACCGUUCUUUCUCUUCCACAUUCUGUCUAGUUGUCCUUUCUUUCUUUUUCACCCUCUUUCUCUCUCUCUCUGAUCUGUCUUUGUCUCUUUCUUUCUGUUUUUUUUCUCUCUCUCUUUUUUUCGUUCUUUCUCGUCUAUCUUUCAUCCAUUUUUCUUUCAAAUUUUUCUUCGUUUAUUCUUUCUUUUUCAUUUCUCCUCUUCCUCACUUUCUGUCUAUCAUUCAUUUCUCGCUCCCAAUUUCUUACGCUUCUCUCUUUCUCUAUUCCCUUAUUUCUCUCUUUCUUCCUAUCUCUUUUAAUCUCACUUUUUUGUCUUCCUGUCUCUCUCACUUUCUCUCUCACUCCGACUUGUUCGUUCAUUGUCCUUCAUUUUCAAAGCUGUUCAAAGUAUUCUCCAUCAUUUAUCUCCCAACCAUUUUCUCUCUUCCCCAACGACCUCCCUACUUUUCUUGUCAUUCAGUGUCCUCUUUUCUUUUAUCUUACUCAAGAUCUUCCAAUCUCUGUGGAAACAAACUUGUUCCUUGUUUCUUCCUAUUUCCGGACGACCACGUCACACAUUCAGCGAGAUUUCUUGCACACUCCAUUACCCGUUUCUUCUCUUGCCAUCAAUUACAACUUGAAAACGUUUUUCCUUUUCGUCCAUUACUUUCUAGUCAAUUUGUAUCUUUCAUUGCACUGUCUCGCUAUUUUAUCUCAAACUCGUUCUUCUCUCUUCUUUCUUUCUUUUUUAAAUUUCAUUCACUUUUCCUUUCUUUUUUCUUUCUUCUUUUCAUUAUUUAUUUAUUGCUUGCCUUCAUAUAUUUUCUUUCUUUCUUUCUUUCUUUCUUUCUUUCUUUCUUUCUUUCUUUCUUGUCUCCAUUUAUCCUCUUUCUAAUCUUUCUUUUCUCCGUUUUCUCUCUCUCUUUCUCUCUCUUUAUUUCUUCCAUUCUUUGUCACUUUCUUCAUUGUCGUCAUAUUCUUUCUUUCUUUCUUUCUUUCUGUCUUUCUUUCUUUCUUUCUUUCUUGUCUCCAUAUACUCUCUUCCUUUCUGCAUAA